AUGGAUGUUAUACAAUCUGAUUCACAUCGAAAUUUAGCACGACAAACAACACUUCAAUCAUUUGUUUUACUUAAAAAUCAAAAAGAUUUUUUACCAAUACGUAAUACAAAUCUAUUUUCAAAUGUACUUUUUCUUGGACCAAUGUCAAACAAUCCUAUGCAACAAUAUGGUGAUUAUUCACCUAUUAUUAAUCCUUAUUAUGUAACAACACCAUUAAGUUCAUUACAAGAUUGUUUUCUAAAUACAAGUUAUAAUGAAGCAUGUUUAGAUGGAACAAAAUGUUUAAAUUAUAAUCAAACAGAUAUAAUAAAUUAUUUAAAAACAAAUUUAUUUGAUUUAAUUAUACUUUCAUUAGGUACAGGACAAGAAAUUGAAGGCGAAGCAAAUGAUCGUGCAUCAAUGAACUUACCUAAUAAUCAAUCACAAUUACUUGUAGAUGUUCUUAAUACAAUUAAUUCAACUAAAACAAAAAUUCUUCUUAUUAUUAUAUCUGGUAGUCCAGUUGAUAUUCAAUUAGCUGAAGAAUCAAAUCAUAUUCAAGCUAUAUUACAAUUAGGUUUUGGUGCACAAGAAUUAGGUGAAGCACUUAAAAUGGCUAUUAUUGGAGAUGGAGUUUCAAAAUUUGGUCGAUUACCUUAUACAUGGCCAAAAAAAUUAAGUGAUUUACCAGGUGAUAUAACACAAUAUGAUAUGACAAGUGGUUUUACAUAUCGUUAUUCAAAUGUUGAACCACUUUAUCGAUUUGGUCAUGGUUUAUCUUAUUCAAGUUUUUAUUAUUAUGAUCUUAGUUUUAAUGCAACAAAUAUAAAACCAGGUGAUGGUUUAACGGUUUAUUUUAAUAUUAAAAAUAUUGGUCAAAGAAUAUCAGAUGAAAUUAUUCAAAUUUAUUUAAGUAUUCAUUUAAAAAAUACAUCUUUAACAAAUGUAUCACGUGCACAAUUAGUUGAUUUUGAACGUGUAUCAGAUAUAAAUCCAUCGGAAAUUAUUCUGUAUGAAACUAUUAUAAGAGCAGAGCAAAUGGCUGUUUAUAUUGAUGGAAAAGGUUUUCUUAUUCUACCAGCAACAUUAGAAUUUAAAAUUGGAAAUUUUAUUCAACCAUAUUUAUCUGGAGAUGUCAUCAUCGAUGGUGACACUUAUUAUGUUGGACAAUAUAUUUCUUAUGCAAGUGUAUGA